AUGCCUCGUUCUAUCUAUGAUCUCUUGGCUAAGGGGCACAAGAUUCUAAUUAACGGCAGACAAGGCCAAUACCAGGUCGUAAAAGCACUCAAAAGAAAUGUCUUUCAGGCUUUGACCGUCGGGUCAAAUUCACCAGUGAUCAUCAAAACGGAGGGAGUUGAUCCUGUCAUAUACCAGACCGAGGCCAACUGCUAUAGCUACCGCUGUGUCGCCGAAUCGCCCUACAUAAGAGCGAUGCACGAGGUUGUUGACAAUGAUAUGGAUCGAUGUAUGGUUUUUGAGUACCUGGACACUGAUCUGUGGUCAUUGAGGGCGAGGGCACAGGAACUUGGGCAGCCUUUUUUAAAGGCUGUCGCAACAUCUAUCCUCGAGGCUGUGAACACAUUCUCAGAUAUGGAUGGGCAUUUCACCGCCUUGCAUACAGUUAUACCUUCUGAGGGUUUUGACGACUUCCGAUUACAGGGUGCUGAAAUUCGAGCGCCAGAGAUUUGGAAGGGAAUGUUGCCCAGGCCGCAUUGCCAGGUGUGGUCUGUUGGUGUGACUUUAACACACUUUUGUACCAAUCGAGUCGUAUUUGGGAACUGGGACCAGGAUUGCCGUGUCCAGGAGUUUCCCCUUGAAGUGAACAAGUCUGCUUGGGCAAUUGGCAAGAUCAUCAAACUCAUUGGAUUGCUUGAACGUGAUGAAGACCCUAAAUACCGGCUCGAAUUUGAUCUGGCGGAGCUUUUUGUAAAGCAGGGGCUUAUUAAAGUUGGAUCCCUUGAAGAAGAGCUCGCCAAAGUCAAUGCUCCUAAAGGUUGUGUUGAUUUUAUCUACCAUCUUCUAACUAUCGACGAUAAACGACGGCCAACAGCAGCGCAAGCACUACAACAUCCCUGGCUCCAGAACUUAGAACGAUGUACCAUUCUGAAAGGGUCUGAGAAGCCUAAGUUCUGGAUGAUGAGAAGACAAGAAGCGCAGCCGGCGCGCUAG